UCGUCUUCCUUCCGGCUCCCCCUAAAACCCCAUUCUUUUCUGAAAUCCUUCUCCAAUCCACCGCCAUCGCCAAUGGCCACCGCCGCCCUCGCUCCAAAAGGCCCUCCCGGCGGUGACGCUGCAGCCUCCGACAACCCCGAAGACGACGAUUAUGUCGAGUAUAUCCCGAUCAAGAAGCGCCGAGCCAUGGAGGCCCAGAAGAUCCUCCAGCGCAAGGGCCGCCUCGCCUCCUCCUCCUCCGCCGACGCCGGCGGAGGAAGCGGUGGCCAUCCGUCCACCACCGAUGACGACCCAGACCGCCCCCGCCUCGCCCCGGAGGCCAAGCCCAGCCUCCUCGUCAAGGCCUCCCAGAUGAAGCGCGACCUCCCGGAGAUCAGCCCCAUGGAGCAGCGCGUCCAGCAGGAGAAGGAGAUGAUCGAGCAUCUCUCGGACCGGAGGACCCUCAUGUCUGUCCGCGAGCUCGCCAAGGGUAUCACUUAUACCGAGCCCAUCCCAACCGGCUGGAAGCCCCCCACUGCCAUCCGCCGCAUGCCCGCCCGGCAUGCCGACGCCAUCCGCAAGCAGUGGCAUAUCCUUGUUGAUGGUGAAGACAUCCCCCCGCCCAUCAAGAACUUCAAGGACAUGCGCUUCCCCGAGCCCAUCCUCAAGAAGCUCAAGGAGAAGGGCAUCGUCCAGCCCACCCCCAUCCAGGUCCAGGGCCUACCUGUCAUCCUAUCCGGCCGCGACAUGAUCGGGAUCGCCUUCACCGGCUCCGGCAAGACCCUUGUUUUCGUGCUCCCUCUCAUCAUGGUCGCCCUCCAGGAGGAGGUGAUGAUGCCCAUCGUGCCCGGGGAGGGGCCAUUCGGCCUCAUUGUUUGCCCCUCAAGGGAGCUCGCCAGGCAGACGUUUGAGGUCGUGGAGCAGUUCUUGGCUCCUCUCAGGGACCAUGGGUACCCGGAGCUGAGACCGCUGCUGUGCAUCGGAGGGGUCGAUAUGAGGUCACAGCUGGAGGUCGUGAAGAAAGGGGUGCACAUUGUUGUGGCCACACCCGGGAGGCUCAAGGAUUUGCUAGCCAAGAAAAAGAUGAACCUCGACAAUUGCAGGUAUUUGACAUUGGAUGAGGCUGAUAGGCUGGUUGACUUGGGCUUUGAAGAUGACAUCAGGGAGGUUUUUGACCAUUUCAAAGCCCAGAGACAAACCUUACUCUUCUCUGCCACCAUGCCAAAAAAGAUACAAACUUUUGCAAAAAGUGCACUGGUGAAACCCGUGACUGUGAAUGUGGGAAGGGCUGGAGCAGCAAAUCUAGAUGUCAUACAGGAAGUCGAAUAUGUGAAACAAGAGGCUAAAAUUGUAUACCUCCUCGAGUGCCUACAGAAGACCCCACCUCCUGUUCUGAUUUUCUGUGAGAACAAAGCUGAUGUGGACGACAUCCAUGAGUAUCUACUUUUGAAGGGAGUAGAGGCUGUUGCCAUUCAUGGGGGCAAGGAUCAGGAAGAAAGAGAAUAUGCUAUCUCAUCCUUCAAAUCUGCAAAGAAGGAUGUCCUGGUUGCCACUGAUGUGGCUUCCAAGGGACUUGAUUUUCCUGAUAUCCAGCAUGUGAUCAACUAUGAUAUGCCUGCUGAAAUCGAGAAUUAUGUGCACCGAAUCGGCCGAACUGGGAGGUGUGGAAAAACAGGAAUAGCAACAACGUUCAUAAACAAGAACCAAACUGAGACAACUCUUCUUGAUCUGAAGCACCUACUUCAAGAAGCAAAGCAAAGAAUCCCACCAGUGCUUGCGGAGCUCAAUGAUCCAAUGGAAGAUGAGGAUGCUAUAACUAAUGCAAGCGGGGUGAAGGGUUGUGCCUAUUGUGGUGGGCUUGGCCAUCGUAUCCGAGAUUGUCCCAAACUGGAGCAUCAGAAGACCAUGGCUAUUGCAGGUUCAAGAAGGGAUUACUUUGGCUCAGGUGGUUAUCGGGGGGAGAUAUGAUCACGCCUCUAUGUGUGUGUAUAUUUCUGGAGCAGCUUUUGGCAUUUCCGUAGCUGCAUGGGUGCUCGUGUUAUUUAUUUAACAUGUCUAAAAAGCCUGCUAAUCGGAGGUCGGCCAUGGAGGAUAAAAAGUUGAGAAUGCAUCAGCCUGCGGUUCGAGUAUUUUGAGUUUCUUUGUUAUUGCAGCCAAUGAUCUUGCUUGUUGGUUCUGGGCUUUUGCUUCUAUUCAGGCCAAAUUCAGCAAUUGACAUAUGAUUUGCUUUCCUCGUAUGCUUGUAACAUCAAUGCAACGUUAUGUGGUAUUUGUUUUGAGAUCAAUGUGAAAUGCAAUCAAAUGCUGCUGGACAUUGGACAAUCUCUUUAGUUUUACUCCUGUGGAGUCAAAUGCUGCUGUAACAUGAGACUUGUAAGAGUGCUGUGUAUUGCAAGCCAUGCAAGAAGCAGGAAUACUGUCCAGCCGUGCGAUUUCUUUGUUUGAUCAUAUACCUUUUGUUGUUUGG